AUAAACUUUGAAGUCCCACCGGUAAUAAGAGGCAAAGAACAAGUGGUGUUCAAUGACCGCAGGAACAUGAACAGAGUAUGUCACAGCAUGUGACAUAUCUUAGUCCAUCACCACACAACACAACCCUCCAUUGUCAGCAUUCAGCAGCACCCAUAAUAUCAAAUUAUUGUUGAAAAAUAAGAAGAAGAAAAGGAUCAAUGGAAGAAAACUCUGCAUCAGCUUCAACUGCACACGUGCUCAUCUUCCCUCUUCCAGCGCAGGGCCAUGUAAACUCCAUGCUGAAGCUCGCUCAGCUUCUCGCCCUUCACAAUCUCCAUGUCACCUUCCUCAACACUGAGUACAUCCACAACCGCCUCACUCGUUUCGGCAACAUCCAAGCUCUUUCAGCUGCAUCUUACCCAACGCUCCAUUUCAAGACCAUCUCUGAUUCUUACACAGAGAAUCAGCAUCCAGGAUUCGGAUCAAGUGGAAUUAAGGACGUGUUUACGUCCCUGAGUUUAUAUGGCAAGCCUCUUUUGAGAGAGGUUCUAGCGUCACAGAGUGCUGGAAUUCCCAAAGUGAGUUGCAUUAUAGUGGAUGGGGUUUUUGGAAGCCUUGCCACUGAUGUGGCUGCUGAGUUUGGGAUUCAACUCAUUCAUUUUCGUACAAUCAGUGCUUGUUGCUACUGGGCUUAUUUCUGUGCUCCAAGGCUCUUUGAGACCAAUGAACUUCCCAUUAGAGGGGACGAUGACAUGGAUCGCAUCAUAAAGAACAUCCCAGGCAUGGAAAACUUGCUUCGUUGCAGAGACCUCCCAAGUUUUUACCGAGAAGGCAAAGAGAUAGACAAGCCUCUGUCUCUGGACUCUAUUAUCUCUAUGACCCUACAAUCACUGGAAGCAGAUGCAUUCAUACUCAACACAUUCGAUGACCUAGAAGGCUCGGUCCUCUCCCAGAUUCGCCUUCACUUCCCUAAACUCUUCACCCUCGGCCCCCUCCACCACCACCUCAACACCAGAAAAACAACUUCUUCUGAACACCCUUCAAAUUCGUUCAAGAGCAGUUUAUACGAAGUGGACAGAAGCUGCAUGACAUGGUUGGACUCUCAGGCUAAAGGGUCAGUGAUAUAUGUGAGCUUUGGCAGCACAACGUCGAUGAAGAAAGAGCAAAUGAUGGAGAUUUGGCACGGAUUGGUAAACAGUAACAAGCGGUUCUUGUGGGUGGUGAGGCCUGACACAGUGGCAGGAGGAAUAGAGGGUGUGGCGGUGGAGGUGGAGGAAGGGACUAAGGAACGAGGGUUGAUUGUGGGGUGGGUGCCGCAAGAGGAGGUGCUAGCCCAUGAGGCGGUCGGUGGGUUCUUGACGCACAGUGGUUGGAACUCUACUCUAGAGAGUGUGGUGGCUGGUGUGCCUAUGAUUUGCUGGCCUUACUUUGCGGAUCAGCAAGUGAAUAGUAGAUUUGUGAGUGAGGUUUGGAAGCUUGGGUUGGACAUGAAGGAUGUUUGUGACAGGAAUGUUGUGGAGAAGAUGGUGAAUGAACUCAUGGAUGGCAGGAGGGAGGAGUUUCAAAGAUCAGCUAAGAAAAUGGCUUUGUUGGCUAAUAAGAGUGUGAGUCAAGGUGGUUCUUCGCAUUCCAACCUGGAUGAUUUGAUUGGGUUCAUAAAAUCAAGAGGCAGAGGUUGAAUAAAUUGUUUUGGUUGCAGGCCCAAAUUGAAUUUGAGGUUAUGGAGUUUCCUAAAUCCUAACGGAGUAAUGUUGCACUCCUUUCUACAGUUUGGGUCUUGGCCCAUUUGGAAGUUUAUUUUUUUGCGUUUCAAAGUUUAAAAAAAGGAGAUCAUUAUUGUUAGACUCUUACAAAAACAAUAAUUGUGAUAGACCCCAAUUAAGAGAUGAUGAUUUGUUAAAAAUAAAAAUGAGUGAAAAGAGGAUAAUAACUUUGUUCUCUUGAAGCUUUGGGGAGCUCGACAAUAAGAACACCAAUAGUGUUAGUGUGCAUAUGCUAGAUCCUAAUUUUUCUUAAAGCCUUAAAUAGACUCAAGGUUGUCUCGUGUGAUUUAUUGAGUGACACAAUGAUUGAUCAA